AAGAGUGUUGAACACACAAAAGUAGCGCAAAUUUGUCUGCAAGAACAAAAAUAUUUUUUUCAGGGGAAUUCAGAUAAGUGCAGCGCACUGAUAAGUAAAAAUAUCGUGAUCGUGAUAAAUACCUAGCAAACUGUAUUUGACUAAAAAGUAUUAAUAUCAUUAUCUCUAAAUCAAUAAUUCGUCACGCGUUCAGCUAAUAACUUGCAAACAUCAAACCAACAUGUGCAGUGCGCAAAGAUUGUGACCGAACCCAAGAAUAGUGUCGCAUAGUUUCCUCAGACUGUUCCUAUCCGGACAAUAAACCAUUAUUCGCCGUUCAGCGAAGCGUAUCCCUUACGGAUACAAUGCCUUCCUCGCGUGAAUCAAUGGACGCACUGUACCAACAGCAAGACUUCUACAUCGGUCUAUCUUUGGCCCUCUCCAGCAGUUUCUUCAUCGGUUCCAGCUUCAUCAUCAAAAAGAUUGGCCUGAUUCGGUUGUCACGGGGCGGAUCCUCAGUUCGGGCCAGUGCUGGUGGGUUUGGCUAUCUCAAGGACUGGAUAUGGUGGGCCGGUUUAAUCUGCAUGGGCAUUGGCGAAGCGGCCAAUUUUGCAGCUUACGCUUUUGCACCGGCAUCGCUGGUCACGCCGCUCGGAGCGCUGAGCGUCAUCGUGACUGCGGUGAUGGCUUCCAAGUUUCUCAAAGAACGUCUCAAUCUGCUGGGCAAACUCGGCUGCUUUCUGUGCAUCAUCGGUUCCACCAUAAUCGUCAUCCACUCGCCCAAAGAGGGCGAAAUCGACGACCUGAAUCUCCUGCUGGACAAACUGCAAGAUGCAGCUUUCAUAUCGUACGUACUGAUCAUCCUCACCAUAUCGUUGUUCAUCGGAUGCUGUUGUGGGCCCCGCUACGGCCACAAGAACGUGAUGGUCUACAUUCUACUGUGCUCGGCCAUCGGAAGCCUCACCGUCAUGUCCUGCAAAGCUCUCGGUUUGGCUCUUCGAGACACCAUUUCGGGCAAGUCAAAUGACUUCGGGAUGUGGCUGCCUUACUUUUUGAUCAUCAUCACUGUCAUUUUCGUCGGCAUUCAGGUCAACUACCUGAACAAAGCGCUGGACAUCUUCAACACCAGUAUCGUGACGCCGAUCUACUACGUGAUCUUCACUACGCUCGUGAUCACGGCAUCAGCCAUCCUGUUCAAAGAGUGGGGCCGCAUGAAAGCCGAAGAUAUAAUCGGCGAUCUGUGUGGGUUCUUCGUUGUGAUAGUGGCCGUCGUUCUGUUGAAUGCUUUCCGCGAGAUGGACAUCAGCUUGAACGACGUCAAGGGCAUUAUGCGACCGAAGCGAGAGCUGCUUAUGUCGCACAAAAAUCAGUUUGAAGAUUUUAUGGUAGAGACGGAAAGUAAUGGAUCGCAGAAACAUUAUGGUACUGGCGAGUACCGAAACAUUUGAUAUCAGAAAUCUUUUUGAGCUCGAACGUUUUUACGAACGGAACUGAUUGAUAGCGCGAGUGUGUUGUGCACGUGCAAGGAUGUAUUUUUCGACAGCUUUAUUACUAUUAGGUUUAAUUUAAAGUAUGAUAGAUUUAAUUCAUAUUAGAAACUCUUUAAAAGACA